UACUGUUACUGGAAGUUUCAUCAGAUCUCGUGCGCGGCGCUUGAGCGUAAUUGGUAAACACGUAGCCGCUGCGAGUGGGCGGAGCUAGCAAAAACUUAGAAUUUAAAGGGAUUUCCACCAAACUCUGCGGUCCCGCUACCCGUCCCAUGGAGAGUUUACCGGACACAUUUUGUUCCCGUCUCCUGCAGGACCCCACUCUCUACACAGUGCGCGCUGUCAUCAUUUUGGAUCAGGAUGGGCAUCGACUUGUAGCCAAAUAUUAUGACUGCACAUUCCCAUCAUUGUUGGAACAGCAGGAAUUUGAAAGAAAGAUAUUCCAGAAGACCCAGAGACCUGAAAGUGAAGUUAUACUUGUCGAUGGUGUGACCGCACUCUGCCAACGAUUAUCUGAUGUUAUGUGUUACAUAAUUGGCGGGCCUGAUGAGAACGAACUUAUGCUUCUCUCUGCACUGACCUGUCUAUGUGAAAGCCUAUGCCAUAUACUGCGGAAACAUGUGGACAGAAAUUCACUGUUGGAGAAUAUGGACACAGUUUUUCUGAUACUUGAUGAAAUAAUUGAUCAGGGUGUCAUUUUGGAGUGUGAAUCUCAGCAAGUCAUUCAAAGAUUCAACUUCAAGAUGGUGUCAGAACAAGCAUUCGGCUUCGUGCUGUUUGAUUACAUCACAGGUAGCAAUGAGCAAAGGGAAUGCCAGAAGAGAACGGCAUUAGAGUGAUUGAUCGACAUUAUUGACCCCAGAAUGAUGACGCGAGGAGUCAUUUCACUGUCCACACACACACUAACUAAGAAACCAUGUGCCUCAUAUAUAAAAAAGUAUCAUGUCGAAGUGUCCCCCAUAGAAAACAAUCAGUUCUGAUUGGUUCCUGUUAGCAACUUCUCCGGCCUUUUAUCUAUAUGACUAAUAUUAAUAAUGGAGGUGGGCACUGCAAAAUAUAGGAAGCGGGGUGCUAAUCAUGCGGUAUGCACAAAUGUGUAGAAGAAAGAAGGCCACAUGUAGAACAAAAUAGACCCAAAAUAUGAACAAUAUGCAUCAAAUUUUAUUCACUUCAUCACAAAAUAUGAACCAACAACUGACACAUUUGGUACAUUUUCUGCAUAUUUUGGGUGUGUUUUUUUUUGUUAUACAUGUGGCCUUUUCAUCUUUCUUCCACAUUUGGUCUAUAUGGCUGCGCAAUGUGCCAUAGCUGUAAUUUUGUACGUGAGGCUUAUUUUUGCGCUGUCACAACUGCUCUCAUCAUGAAGUUUGGAAAUUAUAUAUCACAAGGUCACACACUUAUCUGAAUGCAUUAUUCAGUUAUGUAUCUUUCUUUUUUUAAUACAGUUAUUUACAACGUACAAUUUAUAUAAUCAUUUUUCUGCUUAAAAAUGUUAUGACAUGAAUUAGAUAACCAUGAUCGGCAGAAGCUUGACUGCUGGAACUGUAACUAUAUAUAUAUUGUGUGUGUAUAUAUAAUCAUAUAUUGCAUUUGAUUUAUUAUUCAUUUAAUAGAUUUAUCUGCAUCAUUUUGUUUAGUGUUCUGUAGAUCCAAUCACAUACGCAAGAGCAGCUAUAAUGUGAUAAUGCAAUAUAUAAAUACUUCCAUCAAACUCAG